GCCGACGACGAAAUAGUGAAAGGCGAUCCAAGGCUGUCACUUUCGGGAAAGCUGGACACGUCGGUCUGUAGGCGCCUCACCUCUUCGACGCCAACAUCGCAAGACCUUAACCGCACACGUCACCUUGCUGAAACGUCAGAUAUUUGUUCAGCAGUAGUGCGAACAGCAAAUAACAAUUUAUCUUCAGAACCAUUCGGAGUUGUUGAUAGUCGGGUCUCGUCAAUAUGGUGGGAAAGAAAUCUGGCGCCGUCCUGCUCAGGGAGGAGGGCUUGCAACGCACCGAUAAUAAUAUGGACUUUGCAAGCUGGCCUCUGGCUCAGAUGAUCAACCAGAAGAAUUACUACACUGAGUUCCUGAAGCGCGACGAUCAAAUUCUGGCAUUGCGCCUACAACAGGAAGAACGCCUGGACCAGCGCAAGAAAGCCGCCGUGGAUCGAGACCGGGCUCGGGCACAAGAUGGCCAAGAAGGCGCAUACGCAGAACCCGAGCCGGACCUUGAGGAAGACGUUCCAAUGGAUGAUGCUGGUAACGAGAAUUUUGGAUCCAAAACCAUCAUCAUCCACAUCGGCAGUCAGAACUUACGCAUAGGCUUCGCCACGGAUGCUUUGCCCAAGACUGUACCGAUGGUUGUGGCAAGAAAAGCAGCAAGGUCCGAGGCCGAAGAUUCCGAGCCCUGCCCAAAGAGAUUGAAACUCGAUGACGACACUCCAUCUGAGGAGUGGUUUGGAGAAGAGUUCACGAAAGAGUACGCUAGCAUGGCCGCAGAGUUCAAAGUAUACAGACGACAAAACAGGCGACGAGUCCUUCCAAAUUCUAGAGAGCUGGUCACAAAGUGGAACUCGACAAACCCUCCCGAGAAGAUCUCUGAGCAUAAUGAUCCACUGCGUGUGGAGUGGACAGAGAUUCCAGCCGACACAAGACAAGCACCAGAAUACUUCGUUGGUGCUGCUGCGUUGAGGAUCCCACAGAACUCGAAACCUCGCUACAAGUUGCAUUGGCCAGUUCGACAUGGAUGGCUCAACGAAAGCGAUUACAAUAGUCGCAGAGUACUCAUAUCUGAUUUUUUCCUCAUCCUGGAGCACAGCAUACUGAAUGAGCUUCAAGCCCUGCCCAAGAAAGAUUGGCAUCAAUACUCCUGCGUCUUCGUGAUCCCUGAUCUAUACGAGAAAGUCAUCGUCGCCGAUAUUCUAGCUGAGCUACUUCGAGAUUUCGGAUUCUCGAGGGUGUGCUUCCUGCAAGAAUCGCUUGCUGCAACUUUCGGUGCGGGCUUUGGAGCGGGCUGCAUAGUGGACCUGGGUGCACAGAAGACGAGCAUCUGCUGUGUUGAAGAUGGCAUGUGCAUCGAGGAAUCACGUAUCAACAUGAAAUACGGUGGCUAUGAUGUCACUGAGACGUUCAUAAGGAUGAUGUUGCACGAUCGUCUCAAUUACAGCGACCUCAAUUUCAUGAGGCGCCAUGAUUUCCUCCUUGCUGAGGAGCUCAAGGAACAAUUUACUACGAUGAGCGACGAGAACAUCGUUGUUCAGACACACAGCUUCCACGUGCGCGCUGCCGGUGAGGAUACUAGGAAAUACCAGUUCAAAAUCUAUGAUGAGGGAAUGCUAGCGCCUCUGGGUUAUUUCCGACCAGCAAUAUUUGACAAUUCCAAAAAGCUUGACGGCCGCCGAAAAUUGAUUCCUCGCUCGCUGGAUCUCUACGAUGGUCGCCCAAAUGAUCCGAUGUCAGAGGCUCAGCUUGCCGUUAUAUCCUACGUUGAGAAGAACAUACCAUCAGCAGUGAUGGCGGAGCCAGCCAAACCAGUUCGUUAUGUGCCUACGCCCAUGGCUCCGACGCCACUCAAACAACGCCCGCUCGGUAUUCCCGCGCGCCUCAAUGGAGAUAUCGAGAACACACCGCGAUCGUCGGUCGCUGGUUCGCCACCGCCUGAAGUGGGAACUCCGAUGGGCGGCGACUUGACCAUCGGUGACAUAACCGUAAAUGAGAUCGCAGAUCCACAGCUCGAUACCGAGGGUGUGGACCGUACUGUUCCCAUCAUGCCACUCGAGCAGGCUAUUUUGACCUCCAUCGACCUUGCAAGUGGCACUGACGAACGGCGACGUCGCGAUUUCCUAGGCAGUAUCAUGCUCAUUGGCGGAGCUUCGAAGACUCCAGACCUCGGUGCGUACUUGGAGACACGACUGCGUGCAGCCAUGCCACAGUACCCCAAGGAGAUCCUGGUCGUGCCGCCGCCGCGUGAAUUGGACCCAGCCGUUCUGGUGUGGAAAGGAGGUAGCGUGUUUGGAAAACUGCGCACGACGAAUGACAGCUGGAUCUCGCCGCUCGAACACGAUCGGUUGGGGGCGAGGAUCCUCAAUUACAAGUGCAUGUGGCAUUGGUAGAUCUGCAUGACUUUCCAAUCACGAGCAUUGGACUCUAGUGACUUUGAGGCUGCCUUGUGGUCUUUGUACAUUUAGAUGAGAUUUUAGAUAGUGCCUGUGAACGAGAUCGACAGCAAGCCUCAGUCUGUCGAGCAAGCAUCUCAUGUACUA